AUCAUUUCUUCGCCUGUUCCUGGAACAGUGAAUCAAAUUUCAGUGAUUAUGACGAUACCCUUUUACAAAUCAGGAACAUUUCAAGCUUAUAUAGAGAAACAUGGAGCUACAGUAGGAAUGCCAGAAAGAGUUACCCCAGCUAUCUUUCAGAUCUGCCUUUCAUAUACUCUUAGAGCCAAACUUGCUCCUAACUGGAACCAAGCUGGUCACUUGUUGAUACAAGGGAGAGAUUUUUUGUCACAAAUGGGAAAACUAAAUGCAGUUGUUAUGGACAUCAGUGUAUCAGAAACUCAACUUUGCAUCAGUGUGGAAGUAUGCAGGAUACAUUUACCACCACCUGAGCUAGAAGAUUUUGAUAUUUCAACAAACAUCAUAAAGAGCUUUGACGGUGAUAUUAAGGCAGUCAUUUCAAAAUGUUCUAUUUUAAGUAAUUGGUGUUAUGUUUUGCCAAGUGAUUUACAGUUACAUUGGGAAAACCUGUAUGGCUACCUUCUGCCAGAGGAUUCUCAGACAUAUUUCAGCAUUUAUUUCAAACUAAUAGGGGAACAACUCUUUAUAUAUCCUUCCAGUUGCAUAAGAAGUCAGCCCAUGCAGUACUUUCCUACAGCAGAUUUAGAAGCUAUUUUAGAUUCUUUUGUUACUGAUCUGAAGACUGUCAUUCCUCAUAUAUGUGGAUUUCCUGUUUUCUUGACACAGAAAGCAAUGUGCACUACAAACAAUUUUACACCAGUGUCUGUUCAGAAAAUAAACUCUAAACCAGCCAACCUUACUGCAAGAAGGAACUGCAAGGUACCUUUGACUCAAGUAGUUCCAAAAAAAGAUGAUGAACAUGCUGGAGUAGUGGGAGACGAAGACAAUAAUGGACAACAGUGGAAAACAUCAGAAAAUUCUGUUUUGACACUGAAAUCAAAUAAAGCUACAAGGAUCAUACCCAUUUUCAAAGGAAAGUUACUGCAAAUGGAUAGGCAGUUCACUAAAAGAAUUGAUGAAAAGAAAACAAAAAAUGUUUCAAAAGAUUUACCAAAAAUAGUAAUAGCUAAUACAACUGCUAAAUUGGCUGUAUUCAGACCCAGUGCAGAUCAGGUUAACAAAUCACUACAUGAUACAUCAUUUCAAAAUAUUACAAAUGGAAGUAUUUCUCAGAUACAGGUGGGAAAAAAUGUUAGAUCUAACAAAUUUGCAUUAAAAGAAGAAAAUAAAGAUGUUGGGUACCUGUUAAACUUCCCUUUACCUAAUAGAACAGUUUUAGGUAAACAUUCCAGUAAAAUCAAAUCUAGAAAGCUACAAUGUUCUUUGAUAUCUGCUGAUAACCAAUCAAAGCAUCAUACAUCAAGCAUCCACCAGCUUUUGAAUAAAUCUGCAAAUCUCAGUGAAAGCCAGAAUCUCCUGAGGUUGAAGAAAACCAAUGCAGUAGCUGAAGGAACUCCCAGAAUAUUUCAGAAUAACAUACAGAAUCCAAUGAAGGAAACAAAAAGAAAUGCUUACAGAUUAACCAAUUCAGUGUCUGAAGGUCUGACAGUAUCCAAUAAAUCCAACAGAAAAGGAGAUUGGAAAGAAUCAGUGUCAUAUCAAGACAUCGCUAAGACAUCAAGCCCUUAUCUGCCUUUUAACUAUCUACAGGAAGAAGAAAGAAGUUAUGCAAAACCUAAGAAACCAAGAACCAAUAACCCAUCAAACUAGAAAAAGAUGCAAAUGAGAAAAUAAACAGCAGGUUUGUAGAAGCUAAACCAUAGAACAGUGGUGGUGGUGGUGGUUUCAUUUAAGACUUGAAGUAUUUAAUUCAUAUUGAGUUUUUCCUGUUUCAUGAAUGAAUAAUUUAUGUUUAAAAAAUGGCCAAGUUCCUUUUUUUUUUCCACAGCAUCUACAUUCAAACAGACAAAUAAGUCUCCAAUUCGUGCAUAGAAUUCCAUUAGCUCAUACAACAUAGUUAUUCCAUGUAUAUAAAAUAAAUUAUUAUAACUACUGAUUAAAUUUCUAAGCUGUCCAAUAACUGAUAUUCUCUGGGCAAAUAAUACAUAUGCUUAUGAGUUAUCUGCAUUGAAAUGAGUGAUGGAAACAUUACAGGCAAUAACCUCCAUUAAAGCUCGUAUGUUCUGAAUGUAUAAUUAGUAUGACCAAACUGAUAUGUGUUCACAAUGCAAUGCUAAACUGUAGUUUAGUACAUCCCAGCAGAAAGAAGACCAUGAAAUGCUAGGUUCAGAUUCAAUUCUAAUUCUCUGCAUGAAGAGGAAGAAUGAAGUAAGAUUCAGGUUUACUUUAUUUGCAUCCUGGCUUAUCAUUGAAUUUAAACCAGGAAUUAUGGUUAAAAUAAAACUGUAAACUCAUUGAUGGUCUGCCAAACUCUGCCUAAGGGGGCAAUGACAGGAAAAUAUCAAGAGCUAAAUGUGUAACAAGAGUUUCCCACUUUCACUCUAAAACCUGGUUUAAAAUUAUGUUUGAUCUUCCUUACAUGUCAUGAAUUGUGGUUUAUUUCCUAUUGAAUGGGAUAAAUAAACAUUAA